AACGCAUUUCCUUUGUCUAAAAAUCAAUCAAAUACCAGACAAGGAAAGAAAAAUGGCCAACGUCGACGGAAGCGAAGAAGAAAAAGUAUCAGAAAGCUUGGAUCAGUUACCGGCGGCUUUAAUAGCCACUGUAAUGACAAAACUGGACGUGGCCUCGAUCUGCUCCUUCGCUUCUACUUGCAAAACCUUCAGUGCUUGCGCUUGUCACAUUCUCACUUUCAUCCCUAAUUUUCAGCUUUCUGAUAUUGCCCUACCGAAUGAAUUAUUGAGACCUCUAUUACCUCCAAAUCCUUACCUCAACAGUUUGAAGAUUGAUUGUGGUCGUCUUGAUGACUCAGCCAUUGAUCUUUUGAUUAGGCCUUCGUUGCAAGAGCUGUGUCUACUCAAUUGUGCGGAUUUUAGUGGCAAAUUGCUUUCUGAGAUUGGAAGCAAAUGUGGAAAUCUCAGGUAUUUAUAUGUGGGUUCGGUGGCUGAAAAGAGAGGGCGGCCUAUUCAUAUAUCCGAUUUGGAGGAGUUACUUACUGGUUGCACGCAAUUAGAAGCAUUGACUUUGAUGUUUGAUGUCUCAUUAUUUCUGCGCCAUAACUUCACUCGAGUUUGGGCUUUGGCCUCAGAAAAGCUCACUUCCCUUGAGAUCGGCUACAUUUCUUCAGUAAUGGUGACUGAACUACUCACCCCGAGUGUGGGACCCCAUCAAUCACUAAACCAUAUUCGACCUUCCAUUUUGCCUGGCAUUCAGAAAUUAAGCCUUUCAGUGGAUUAUAUUACUGACACUAUGGUUGGCACUAUAUCAAAAGGUCUUAUGUUUUUAACACAUCUGGAUCUCCGAGACACGCCUCUCAUAGAACCACGAAUAACAUUUGAUCUCACCAACUCUGGCCUUCAACAGAUUAAUCAGUAUGGGAAACUGAGACACCUCUCAUUAUUUCGCAGCCAGGAGUUCGUCAUUACAUACUUCAGGCGAGUAAAUGAUCUUGGAAUCCUCUUAAUGGCUGACAAUUGUGCAAGCAUGGAAAGCAUAUGUCUGGGUGGCUUUUGUCAAGUUACAGAUACUGGAUUCAAAACAAUCUUGCAUUCAUGUUCCAGCUUGCACAGGCUUAGGGUAUCUCGUGGGAUCCAUUUAACUGAUCUGGUAUUCCAUGAUAUGUCUGCAACAUCACUUUGCUUGAGUCACGUUUGCUUGAGAUGGUGUAAUCUCUUAACUAACUAUGCAAUUAAAAACUUGGUAGCAAACACACACCUUAAAGUUCUUGAUUUGAGAGAUUGCAAAAAUCUUGGGGAUGAAAGCCUCAGAGCUAUCAGCACUCUUUUUGAAUUAAAGAUUUUGCUACUGGAUGGAUCUGGCAUAAGUGAUUCAGGAUUGUCUAACUUAAGAGGAAGAGUCAUAAGUUCAUUAGUUUCCUUAUCUGUGAGAGGGUGCAAGAGACUUACAGAUAAAUGCAUCUCUGCUCUUUUUGAAGGUGCUUCUAAGUUAGAAUUGCAGGAACUGGAUAUAUCAAAUCUUCCUAACCUCUCUGAUAAUGGAAUUCUGUGCCUUGCAAAGAGUCGACUGCCAAUUUCAGCACUUCGAAUGCGGCAAUGUCCUCUCAUAGGUGAUACUUCAGUCAUGGCAUUAGCGUCGAUGCAGGUUGAUGAGGACAGAGGUCAUGGGAGUAGCUUGCGCCUGUUGGACAUUUACAACUGCGGUGGAAUUACACAACUUGCAUUCCGCUGGUUAAAGAAACCAUACUUUCCACGGUUGAGAUGGCUGGGAGUGACCGGAAGUGUAAAUAGGGAUAUUAUAGAUGCUUUGGCUAGGAAUAGACCAUUCUUGCAUGUUGCGUGCCAUGCUGAGGAGCUGGGGAUUGACCAGUGGGAUAACUCUGACAGCUUAUAUAUGCAUGACUAUGACGAGGUAGAUGAACUUGAACAAUGGCUUUUGGAGGGAGAAUUUGAGAACAAUGAUGAAGAGAUGGUGGAUGCUGAAAUCAAUCAGUUGAAAAUGAGAGAAUCGACUUCCCAAGCAACUGUACUGUAACUGCUUCAGCAUAGAAGAGUUGUUGCAAUAGUGAUAUUCCAGCUUCAAUCAAUGAAGUUUCCCAUCUUUUCAUUUCCUUUACAUUAGAGUUGCAGCUUGGCUUGAGGACAUUUGGAAGGAGUCACAGUGUUGAAAUUUGGGGAAAGUUGCAUUUUUGCCCCUAAUAUUUGGUGUGAGAAGCGGAUUAGCCCUUAAACUAUUUUUAAGGGCAAUUAAACUCUUGAACUCUAAAAAAUCUAUAAUUUAAUCCCUUCCCUUAACAAAACAUUAAACUAUCGUUAAAUUCAGUUGACAUGGCAGAAAAAAAUGGGGUUUAGUGUUAUCACAUAAGAUUUAGUUAGUUGGGAUUUCAUUUUCCAGUAUAUGUAAAUUCUAAUUGUUUUAGGUGUUCUGCCUCCUUUUUAUUAAAAAAUAAAUCACUCCAUGUAUAGUUGAUAGAUAUUUUUGAAUCUGCUACCAAUUAUAAAAAGAGAAUUACUUCUA